UCGCCCAAAAGACAUUGAUAGUGUUAGCUCACAAGAACAAACUAUUGCGGUUUUAAAAACAACACUCAAGUCACAAAAUUUACCACAUAUGUUGUUUUAUGGACCUCCAGGAACUGGAAAAACUUCAACAAUAUUAGCUUUAGCUCAUGAAUUGUUUGG